CUUUGAUUCGUUUGUGAGACCAUCAAAUUUAACUGCCAGCAGAGAUUUUGACCAUGCCACUCUGUAAUGUUUGUAUAUGUAUUCACGCAGAUAUUCAGUUAAAAUAGACCACAGUUCAUGUAAGAAUUCGUAUUAAGAGUCUUGACUCAACAGAGUGUUUUCAUACAUAUUUUUUCGGGUACAGAUCGUGACAAAAUGAGCCACCAAACGGACUCUGGAGACGACAUUUGUUGGUACACGGAUGAAACCCCGGCAGAUCAUUUUCUCACCAAUCGUGCCAAUUCGUGGAUGGCCGUCGUGGACGGCACGAUUUCUGCGCGCUGCAUCAGUACAGCUCUCUUGAAGGACAUCAAAGAAAUGACGGUUCGAAAAGACGAUGUCUGGCUAGCUGCAUUUCCUAAAGCAGGUACGAAGUGGUGUGCCGAAAUAAUUUCCCGCGUGCUGGGUUUUGGAGAUUCUCCGAUUGCUGAGGCAAAUAAGGCAGGACUUGGUAUUCCUCUAGAGUAUAACUUCCCCCUCCAUUCGCCUCCUGACGUGUCUGCGAGUGCUCGACUGCAUCAUCGGGUAGCUGACAAGUGGCAAUCGCCUCGCAUCCUUACCACUCAUUUGCGAGUAGACCGUCUUCCCCAUCAGAUAUUCGCUAAGAAAGCAAAGGUGAUAUACGUCAUGCGUAACCCGAAAGAUACUUUGGUGUCAUUCUACACAUAUACAUCUGCUCCCCAGUUUCAGGGGCAACGCGUUGAUUGGAAGACGCUUUUCCAAUGUCACCUGGAUGGACAUUACCCAGGAGGAUCGUGGUGGGCUCACGUACAGGGAUACUGGGCUCAUCGAAGUGAAAUUAACUUCCUCAUUUUGACGUACGAAAACAUGAAACAGGAUCAUCCGUCUGCCGUGCGGCAGAUUGCAGACUUCCUUGAAGUGACUCUUACUGACGAACAAGUAGGUCACGUGGUCGAAGCUACUUCAUUUGAAAGCAUGAAGGAGCGGGCAGUCAAUACGCACACUGAAGGACACUACCGCAAGGGUCAAGUCGGGGACUGGAAGAACUAUUUCACCAAGGCAGAAAGCGAAGCCUUUGAUGAAAAGAUCGAACGACUGCGCCGAGAAACGGGCAUCACGUUCCAAUUCUAAAAGGCCGUUUGGAAAUAUUUCAACUCAUUGAAUUCUAAAGUAUUUAAAGCUUAGGCCAAAAAAAAAAGUCUCCGGUUUCUGGUAUGCGCGCGCGUCGCCGUAGC